AUGGCGGCCGCGCGGGCACGGCCCUGUGCCCGGGAGAUUUUCACGACGCUGGAGUACGGACCGGUGCCGGAGAGCCACGCAUGCGCACGGGCCUGGCUGGACAGCCACAACCGCCUCUUGGGCCACUAUGUCAAUGGGAUGUGGCUGAAGCCAGAACACAGGAAUCAAGUGCCUUGUCAAGAUCCCAUCACAGGAGAAAACCUGGCCAGCUGUCUACAGGCAGAGGCUGAGGACAUUGCUGCAGCUGUGGAGGCUGCAAGGGCAGCAUUCAAGACCUGGAGCCAAGUUCCUGGAGCUGCUCGGGCCCAGCACCUAACCCGGCUGGCCAAGGUUAUCCAGAAGCACCAGCGACUACUGUUUACCCUGGAGUCCCUGGUCACUGGGCGGGCUGUUCGAGAAGUUCGAGAUGGCGAUGUCCCACUGGCCCAGCAACUGCUCCAGUACAAUGCAGUCCAGGCACAUGCCCAGGAGAAGGCACUGGCAGGCUGGGAGCCCAUGGGGAUCAUUGGCCUCAUCCUGCCAACAUCUUUCUCUCUCUUGGACAUGAUGUGGAGGGUCUGCCCGGCCCUGGCCAUGGGCUGCACUGUGGUGGCCCUUGUGCCCCCAGCCUUCCCAACAUCUCUCCUCCUGGCUCAGCUGGCAGGGGAGCUCGGCUCUUUCCCAGGGAUCCUCAGUGUGGUAUGUGGCCCUGCCUCUCUGGGGCCUGUUCUGGCCUCCCAACCUGGAGUCCAGAAGGUGGCCUUCUGUGGAGCUGUGGAGGAAGGACGCGCUCUGCGACGGACUCUAGCAGGCAAGGGGCCCAAGCUGGGCCUGGCCCUGGGCACAGAGUCGCUGUUGCUGCUCAUGGACUCAGCAGAUGUGGACUCAGCUGUAGAGGGUGUUAUAGACGCCGUCUGGUCAGACCGCAGCCUGGGUGGGCUCAGGCUCUUCAUCCAGGAAUCUGUGUGGGAUGAAGCUAUGAGGCGACUUCAGGCCAGGAUGGCACAGCUACGGAGUGGGCAAGGACUGGAUGGCGCUGUGGACAUGGGGACUCGAGGAGUUGCUGCCCGAGACCUGGCCCAGAGCUUUGUGGAUGAGGCCCAAAGCCAGGGUGGACAGGUAUUCCAGGCUGGUGAUGUGCCCUCCAGUGGCCCAUUCUUCUCUCCAGCCUUGGUUUCUGGCCUGCCUCCAGCAGCCCCAUGUGCUCAGGCUGAGGUACCAUGGCCUGUGGUGGUGGCCUACUCUUUCCGCACAGCCAAGGAGGCAUUAACCCUGGCUAAUGCCACACCCCGGGGAGGCAGCGCCAGUGUGUGGAGUGAGAGGCUAGGGCAGGCGUUGGAGCUGGGCUACGGGCUCCAAGUAGGCACCGUGUGGAUCAAUGCCCAUGGCCUCCGAGACCCUGCGGUGCCCACAGGUGGCUGCAAGGAGAGUGGGUCUUCCUGGCACGGCGGCCUGGAUGGCCUGUAUGAGUAUCUGCGGCCUUUGGGGACACCUUUCUGGGAACCUUUCCUUUGUGAGAGUCUCAACUACGACACAUUUGGCCUUGCUGUGCCCUCCAGCCUGCCGUCAGGACCAGAAACGGGGCCUAGCCCAGCACCUCCCUAUGGUCUAUUUGUCGGGGGCCGUUUCCAGACUCCUGGGACCCAGAGCUCCAGGCCUAUCCAAGAUUCUUCGGGCAAAGUCUGCAGCUAUGUAGCCGAGGGUGGAGCCAAGGACAUCAGAGGUGCUGUAGAGGCUGCCCAUCAGGCUGCCCCUGGCUGGGGGACCCAGUCUCCAGGCGCCCGAGCAAGCCUGCUGUGGGCCCUGGCGGCUGCACUGGAGCGGAGGAAGCCAACCCUGGCCUCCCAGCUAGAGCGGCACGGAGCAGCACCUGUGGAUGCCAAAAUCGAAGUAGAGCUGAGUGUGAGGCGGCUCCAGAUAUGGGGCACCCGGGUCCAGGACCAAGGCCAAACACUACAGGUAACAGGGUUGAAAGGCCCCGUGCUCCGACUUCGAGAGCCGCUGGGAGUUCUGGCUGUGGUAUGCCCAGAUGAGUGGCCCCUGCUGGCCUUCGUGUCGCUGCUGGCCCCUGCCCUGGCCCACGGCAACGCUGUGGUCAUAGUACCCAGUGGGGCCUAUCCUCUGCUGGCCCUGGAGAUCUGUCAGGAUAUGGCUACCCUGUUCCCUGCUGGCCUGGUGAACGUAGUGACAGGAGAUCGGGACCACCUGACCCGCUGCCUGGCCUUACAUCAGGACAUCCAGGCCCUGUGGUACUUCGGCUCUGCCCAGGGUUCCCAGUUUGUGGAAUGGGCCUCUGCAGGAAACCUUAAAUCUAUAUGGGUAAACGGGGGCUCCCCCAGGGCCUGGGAUGUGGAGGUCGAGGGGGCUGGACCCGAGCUGAGUCUGCAAGCAGCACGAACCAAGGCCCUGUGGCUGCCAAUGGGGGACUGAUGCCUGAAGCCAUCCUGCUUGCCCAGGGAUAUCAAACACUUGGAACUUUUCUCUCAGACAUCCCAUGGCUUCCAAUAAACUGAGUGACUUCAACUGUG